GGUGCGCAAAACCAAAACUAAUUGCCAGUGUUUGGACGUGCUACUUUAACACUCGGGGAACUACUUAUCUCUGAUAUAAAAAAAAAAUUGUAAUUUCGAAAUUUAGUGUAAUUUGAAGAAAAAAACUUUAAUUUUAUGAUUUAAAUAAAAAUCAAAAAAAAUGUUUGACGCGGAUAUAGAAUCUAACGACGAAUCUGAUAAUGAAAAGCCUCUAGUAAGGAAAAAUCGAAAAAAACAGAAAGUGCUUAAACGCCGAAUAAACAAUAGAAAACGGCGAUUUUUACAAUGUAUUGGAAUAUGUGGAAUUCUAGUGCUUUUGAUACUCGGAAUAUGCGUAUUAGUAAACAUUUUUAAUACAAAUGUUGAAAUACCAUAUUUCCACAGUAGUGCCAAACGUAUUCUGCUGUGGAAGAGCUACUCAUGGCUUCCAGAACUGAUACCGACGCUUUCUGGUGAAGUAUUUUCAUGUGAAUCAACUAAAUGCAUUCUUGAAUUUAGCAAUGAAACUUAUAUUGAUCCGAAUAAAUUUGAUGCAGUUGUCAUUGACGCUUUACGAGCUAAAGAUUACCGCUUAAUAUCAAAUCGUAACUCACGUUCACUUUUUGUGGGUGCAUUCAGGAAUCCUCCUAAAAAUGUUGCUUUGAACUAUUCCGCAAAUAUGUUUAAUGGUUAUUUUGAUGUAUUAAUGUCAUAUAGACUCAAUUCUGAUAUAGUUUGGACACACUACGAAGUCAGAGAUUUGAAUAAUGUUCAUAAAGCGCCAACGUUACAUCCAAACUGGAACGAUGCUGCUCCAAUGCAUCAAGAUGAUAUAUACAGUUUGAAAAUAUUUGCUGAAAAUAAAUUUAAAUUAGUCACCAGUUUUCCGACAAGCAACACAGAUAGUGAAUUUCAGAACUUAGUCAACCAACUCAAUACGGUCAUUACAAUAGAUGUUUGCGCAAAUUGUGAUUUAAGACAAUUAACCAUAUUGUAUAAAUUCAUACUCAUCUCAGCAGAAGCUAUUUGCGCAGAUUAUGUGCCAAAAAUAUUUUACGAAGCUCUUAAGCACAGAAUAGUCCCCGUUAUAUAUGGCAAUGUAGAUUUUAGCCGUUUUGCCCCUCCUACAAACUUUAUAAGAGCUGACGAAUUUUCAAAUGCGGAGCAAUUAGGAAAUUUUUUGAAAUAUUUGGACAAAACACCUGAUGCUUAUUUACGGUACCUGACAUUUACAUAUCAAUAUGAUAUUGUUUUAUCGCCACUACCUAUAUGUAAUUUAUGUAAUUUAUUAGAAAAUGAUAAUCUUAUGUAUUACCAGCGAACGAAUGUAUCGAGACUAUUGGGCGAUGAUUGUGUGUUCUAA